GAUUUUUCGCCACUGAUCUUUGUCCUUCCGAUAGCUGUGGCCAUGGCUGAACAGCUGAAGGUCAUGAUGGUUCAGCUCGCGGAUUUCCUGGACCAGCAGAAGGCAGCAGUGCCACAGGAGACGUGGAAAACCAUGCUUCAGACGCAUGCCUCUGGGGUGAAACAGGGCAUCGGCAAGUUGGUGAAUGUGACCCCGACGGAGGCGACUGCCUUGACCCGUGGGAUCGCAGAUGGGCCAUGGACGGAUGAGCAAAAGACCGAGAUGUGCCAACUCGUGUCGGACAAGCUUGCAGCCUUGGGCGGAGGCAAUCCAGCCGAGGAGACCAGGACCCAAGACUGCCCGCGGUUUGGUGCUUACCUCUCCAAGGAGGACCGACGGAUCUUGGCCGACUCGGCUCAGUCUGAGUCGCAGAAAUUGCACCAGAUGGCAAGCCGAUGCAUCAAAAUCGGCCUGGUGCUGCCCAGUGAAACCUGCAAAGGCCGCAUUCUUGCCAGUGCGGUCGCUGGUGGCCUAGAGGCGAAGACUGCGAGCAGUUUCUAUAGUGCCCUGAACCAUUUCAAACGCAUUAUGAAACGUAAGCGGGAAAUGAUGCCUGGCAAAACCACCUUUGAGCUCCCCAUCUACCCCGACUCGCCGGAUCAGCUACCUGACCAUCUACGUCAUUUCGCGGACUCCUAUCGCGAGGACCCGCCUGAGCCGCUCUCAAUCGAUCAAAUCCUGAAGGUUUCGCAGGUGCAGGCUUUGAGGAAGUCGUCCAAGGCCCUGCAAGCCGCGACCUCCUCCUCGAGCUCGAGUGCAUUGGUGCCUUCCGGGCCCUCGCAGGGCGAUGCAUUCGGCCAGUUCAUGGCUGGGCUAAUGCACGUGGUCCAAGCGAUGCAGAACCAGGGCCAGGGAGAGGAUCAGCCUCUCGGCAACCUCCACCUCUUCAAGCCCAACACUAAGAGAAAGCAGCUGGCACUUCCUUCGCCUGACAAGACCUCGCAGACCCAGGCCCAGCCAUUGCAGACCGAUUCCCCGGCAGAGAAAGCCUCUUCGUCCGGAGUGCCAUUGCUCAGCCUCCCGGCCCCAGAGCAGAGUGAGAAGAAGGAGACCGCUGAGGAUGAGGAGGAGGAGCAGAAUGAAGGCGACCAGGAGGGCCCCGAGGAGCAGUUGGGGUGGCUACAGAAAUGCAAGCGGCCUGCAAGCAUCUUGAAGCAGAAGCCUGCAGCAAACAUCAUCCCCAAGCCCAAGGUUAAGGCCGUGGCGAAGACCAAGGCCGUGCCGAAGUCCAAGGCCGUGGCGAAGAGCAAGGCCGCGGCGAAGAGCAAGGCCGUGGCGAAGUCCAAGGCCGUGCCGAAGGCAAAGGCCGCCUCCAACACGAUCGUGAAGAGCAUCCGCAAGAGAAGCGGAUGGGUGGUGCACUACCGCCGCCGGGGCACCGAUGGCUCGCUCUACGGGAAGUGGUGGAGCCCAGAGGGCCAGGGCUACCCUUCCGCGAAGCUUGCCGCCGAGGUGGGUUUUGAUGAGGUUUUACGUGCAGUGAAGGAAGCAGAUUCAUUGCCGGCUGGCAUCAGUCAAAGCUCCGUGAAGCGGUCGCGGGAGAAGAGAAUGGCGGCUGAGACUCCAUUUGGUCCCAUGAUGAAGCACUGGAAACUGGAAAGCAACAGUGGAGCAGAGAUUCCAGUCGACUUUUUAGACCCGGCCGCCUGCCUUUGGCAUCGGCUGAACUCUUGCGAACGGUUUCGAAGCUUCAUGCUGGAGAUGUUGGAGAGGAAGCCAGCAACCGUCAAUUCCCCAUGGGGGAUAGUGGUGUAUUCCGAUGAAGUUUCACCGGGCAAUCAACUGAAGGUUUCAAACGCCCGGAAGCUGCAAACCUUCUAUUGGAGCUUCAGAGAAUUCGGCACCAGCUUAACCCGCGAGGAUGCUUGGAUGCUGCUGACGACAGUGCGAUCCAAGACGGUUGCAGAUGUGGCGGAUGGGUUGAGCCAACUCACGAAGCGGUGCAUGCUAUGCUUCACGGAGGAGGACCGGAACUUUCGUUUCGGCCUCGCCUUUCCAGGCCUGGUUUUGUCUGCUGAGCUCGCCAUCGUGGUGGCCGACGAGAGCGCACUCAAACAUAUGUUUGAGUUUAAGGGGGCCUCUGGGAAGGUCCCGUGCAUGUUCUGCCGAAACGUGGUGUUGAGGCGCUAUGCACCGGCACCUUUGCACCCCCCGUUGGAGCUCCACACCUGUACCGACAGCAGACGGUUUAAGCUCCACACAGCCAACUCCCUGCAGGCGACCGUCAACCUCUUGUCAUCUAAAGUGGAUGGGAGCUCCCGCAAAGACUUCGAUGCGAUGCAGUCCAACCUUGGAUUCAACCAUUCUCCUCACGGGGUUUUGCUUUGCCAACCCCUCAUGGCCAUGUUCGACCCCACCAAAGGUGUGAUGUUCGACUGGGCACAUGUCUACUUGGUGGGGGGACUUUUUCACCUAGAAGUCAAUUUGCUUCUGGGCAGGCUGAACCAGCAGGGGGUGCAGCAGGAUGCCAUUCACCAGGCUCUUCAGGAGUAUUCUUUGCCUUCUUACCACGAAGGCAAAAGUAAUGUCAUCAAGAACGUCUUCCAGCCGAAGAAGGGCGACUCCGAUUGGAAGAGCUCCGCCAGUGAAGCUCUCGGGGUGUAUCCAAUCCUCAGGGACAUCAUCCACCGCAUCAGGGAGACAACAGAGCUGUCGGCGGACUGUUUGGGUGCCAUUAGCUCGUUCCUUUUACUCUGCCAGUGCCUGGACCUCCUGCAAGGCACCUUGCAUGGGGAUGUGGCGCCAUCAGAUCUCAGAACGGCUGUGGAGGCACACUUGGCGAAGUAUCAGGAAGUGUAUCCUGGAGAAACUUUUCUUCCGAAAGGGCACAUGGCCAUGCACCUCGCAGGCCAACUCUCGCAUCACAGGAUCCUCAUUUCUUGCCUGACACACGAACGGCGACACAAAGAGCUGAAGCGCUACGCAAACAACCAGAACUGUGCCCGUGCAGGCACUGAAAAAGGCCUCUUGCGAGAGAUGGAACUCACCCAUCUCGAGGCACUGGACCGCCUUUCGCUCAGCUUCAGGACGGAGUUGCAGACGCCCGUGACCGCACCGGAGCCACUGCAGCGGGCUUUUGCAAACCACUUUGAGCUUCGUGGGGCCAGUGGACUGCUCUUCAGCUCAAAGGCUAAGGUGCCCCGAUGCCCUCUCGUGUCCACUGGGGACAUUGUCCUCCUGGACGAGCCUGUAGCCGUAGCUGAGGUGCUUUAUCACUGCCAAUUGCAAGACUAUCUGUUCACUUGUGUAAGUUUUUACGAGAAGGUUGCUGAUACCCCCAACAAGUUCAGAAUUGUCGAAGACAAUGCUUCCUUCGUUAGUCCGGCCUCCAUUCGUGGGCCCUGCAUCACUCGCAGCACUGCUGAUCGAUUCAUUUUUGUAGUGCCCCAGCACUUUGCCACUCGCUAA